AAUCAAGGGAAAAGGUGCGACCAAACCAUUUGCUUCCAGUUUGCCCUCUAGUUUAGUCCACAUCGAACAAGACCUGUCGCUACCUCAUCGUCUUUAUUUCCUUGCUUCUCCUGAUCUAUCGAAGCCAAGCGAGAAGCAGGGCGAGGAAGAAGACAUGGGCAAUGCUUUGGGUGGGAGGAAGAAAGCUGCCAAGAUCAUGAAGAUAGAUGGCACCACGUUCAAGGUGAAGCCUCCGGCUCAGGCGAUUACCGUGCUCCGAGACCACCCGGGCCACGCCCUCCUCGAAUCCGACGAGGUGAAGCGCCUCGCCCUCCGGGCCAGGCCGCUUGACCCGGAUGCGCAGCUCCAACGAGGGAAGCUCUACUUUCUCGUUGAGCUCACCCAGCUCCGGGGCCGAGGAGCGCCACGGAGGGCCUGGUCCGGGCAGCUCCAGGUGGGCGCCAAGGAACGGCUGGAGAGCCUCAGGCUCACCCGCCGCUCGGUGUCGGAUCUGUCGCUCGCCGGUAGGUGCUCGGUGGACGUCGAGGAGGCCAAGGAUGGGGCGGUCCGCCUUCGGGUGAGGCUGCCCAAGGUUCAAGUGGAGAAGCUGAUGCAGGACAGCAGGGACGCUGCGGAGGCCGCCAACAAGAUCAUGCAGCUGUGUGUGGAGAAGGACGGCGUUCAAAAGAAAUUGCUGCAACCGACGGCCGAUCACCAAAAGGAGAAACGAACGAGGUUCGUCGUCACACCAGAUGAGAUCAUCGUAUAAUUAGCUCUGCCGUGCUUCUUCCAUGGGUGAUGUUUAGGCCACGGAGCGAGCCCAAGGAACAACAAUGCGGCAGUCAUGUAGUCGAGGUUGCGGGUUGAGCAUGAGAAGCUGCUGGUUGCUUCCUAUCUAUCUUCUUUCGUAGAUGGAAUGGAAUCUCUGAUGGGUUCUUCCCAUGUGAUGAUCGAGUCAUGGCUUCGUUACUACCAGCAAAUAAUCUCUGUCAAACAUGAGUUCUCUCUUCUCUACCGUUUUACUCACAAUCUCAACUCUUCUCCCUGAGGACCAAAGAGAAUAUACUGUCCAGGUCCAACAUGUAGUUGUUUUCGCAUGGAAACUGUGGUCCGUCUCUAACAUGCUCUACGUUGGCACCUUUGAUUGAUGAAUACAAAGAUAAUUAGCAGUUGGCGUUA